AUGUGGUCCAUAUGGAAAAAUAGAAACACUCAAUUAUGGGAGAAUAAGAGACAAAGACCCAGUGAAGCUGCUUUGCUUAGUUUGGGAUGGUUAACAGAAUUCACAGCAAUCAAUACCUCAAGCCUUGGAACUACUGUUGGUAGACAAAAGAAAUGGGAAAAACCAAGGCAUGGUUGGUAUAAAUGCAGCUGCGAUGGAGCUUUUGUGACUGAUAUCCAUAGAGGAGGAAGUGGAGUUGUAAUUCGAGAUGAACACGGGCAGUUCCGUGCAGGGGCUGGUAAGGUUCUCGUACAAGUUACUUCUCCUUUCCAUGCUGAAUUGAUAGCUUUAUUGGAGGGUUUGAAACUAGCUGAAACUUUGCAUAUCAGUAAGAUUGUUUUUGAGACUGAUUGUUUGCUGCUUCAGCAAGCAGUAUCGCAACCAGAUACAGAUCUUUCUACCUUGGGUACCAUCAUAGCAGAGGUGAAAGAGUUUCUUCACCGGUAUGCAGAUUUUAGAGUUCUCCAUGUACCUUGUGAGGCUAAUAGAGUAGCCCAUAUCCUCGCAAAUCAUGCUUUGAACUAUAGUGAAAGCCAGAGCUGGUUUGUUGUUGCUCCCGAAUUUGUAAGGGAUGUCAUCUUAAGUGAUUGUAGUCACUAG